UCCGGUUCGUGUUGCGAAGAGCACAUCUAAGGUCCUCAGCCUGGUCACUGUGACAUCCGCCUUCUGGGGGGCUGCGGCCGAGCCGGGAACCCCAGAACCCAGGCAAUGGAGUCAGUGACCUUUGAGGAUGUGGCUGUGAACUUCACCCUGGAGGAGUGGGCUUUGCUGGAUCCUUCCCAGAAGAAGCUCUUCAGAGACGUGAUGCAGGAAACCAUCUGGAACCUGACCACUAUAGGAGAACAAUGGAAAAAUCAGGCCACUGAUGAUCACUACAAUUCCAGGGGAAAUCUAAGAAGUCAAGCAGUAGAGAGACUCUGUGAACAGAGAGAAGAUAGUCAAUGUGGAGAAAUCUUCAGCCACGUCAUAGAUCCUCUUGUAAGCAAGACAAGUUCUUCUGGAGUAAAACCAAGUGAACACCAUGUGUGUGACAUCCUCAUUGCUCAUUCAUCCCUAACUGUGCCCCUGACAGCUCGCACUGGACACAAAGCACAUGAGUAUCAGGACCAUGGAGAGAAGUCAUGUGAAUAUAAGGAAGAUGGGAAAGCCUUCCAUUAUCGCCAAUAUUUUCAGAAGCAUGAAAGAACUCACACAGCAAAGAAACCCUGUGUGUGUAAGCUCUGUGGAAAAGUCUUUCAUUGUCUCAGAUCCCUUCAAACACAUGGAAGAAGUCACAUGAGAGAGAAACCCCAUGUGUGUAAGCAAUGUGGAAAAGCCUUUAGUUCUUAUAGUUACAUUAAAAAACAUGAACGAAUUCACAGUGGAGAGAAACCUUAUAUAUGUAAACAAUGUGGGAAAGCCUUUACUUUUCUCAGUUCCCUUCAAACACAUGAACAAGUUCACAGUGGAAAGAAACCCUAUGUGUGUAAGCAAUGUGGAAGAGGCUUUAGUACUUCCUUUUUCAUUAAAAUCCAUGAACGAAUUCAUAGUGGAGAGAAACCCUAUGUGUGUACGCAGUGUGGAAAAGCCUUUAUUUCUUCCAAGUACAUGAAAAGACAUGAACGAAUUCAUAGUGGAGUGAAGUCCUACACCUGUAAACAAUGUGGGAAAGCUUUCAGUCGUUCCGAUUCACUCAGACUACAUGAAAAAAAACACACUGGAGGAAAAUCCUCUGUAUGUAAGCAAUGUGGAAAAACCUGUAGUUCUUGCAGCCACAUGAAAACACAUGAACAAGUUGACUAUGAAGAGAAACCCUAUACGUGUAAUCAAUGUGGGAAAGCUUUCAGUCAUUGCUAUUUAGUCAGAAGACAUGAAACAGUGCACGCUGGAGAAAAACCCUAUGUAUGUAACCAAUGUGGAAAAAGUUGUAUUUAUUCCAGCUCCUUUGGAAGACAUGAACGAGUUCACAGUGGAGAGAAACCCUACACAUGUAAACAAUGUGGGAAAGCCUUUCUUUUUCUCAGUUCCCUUCAUAUACAUGAACGAAUUCAUAGUGGGGAGAAACCUUGUGUGUGUAAGCAAUGUGGGAAAGCCUUUCCUUCUCUCAGUUCCCUUCAAUUGCAUGAACAAACUCACAGUGGAAAGAAACCCUGUGUGUGUAAGGAAUGUGGAAAAGGCUUUAGUUCUUCCAGCCACAUGAAAAGACAUGAACAAAUUCAUAGUGGAAAGAAACCCUACGUGUGUAAGCAAUGUGGAAAAGCCUUUAGUUCUUCUAACUACUUGAAGACACAUGAGCGAAUUCACAGUGGAGAGAAACCCUAUACAUGUAAACAAUGUGGGAAAGCAUUUCAUUUUCCCAGAUCCCUUCAAAGACAUGAAAUAACACACAGUGGAGAGAAACCCUAUGUAUGUAAGCAAUGUGGAAAAGGCUUUAGUUCUUCUAGCCACUUGAAAAGACAUGAACAGAUUCAUAGUGGAGAGAAAACCUAUGUGUGUAAGCAGUGUGGAAAAGACUUUAGUUCUUCCAUCCACAUGAAAAUUCAUGAACAAAUUCAUAGUGUAGAGAAACCCCAUGUAUGCAAGCAGUGUGGAAAAGGCUUUAGUUCUUCCAGCUCCUUUAAAAAACAUGAACGAAUUCAUAGUGGAGAGAAGCCUUAUGUGUGUAAGCAAUGUGGAAAAGGCUUUAGUUCUUCUAACUAUUUGAAGACACAUGAGCGAAUUCACAGUGGAGAGAAACCCUAUAUAUGUAAACAAUGUGGGAAAGCUUUUACUUUUGUCAGUGCCUUUCGAAUGCAUGAAAAAAAUCACAGUGUAGAGAAACCCUAUGUAUGCAAGCAAUGUGGAAAAGGCUUUAGUUCUUCCAACUACAUUAAAAAACAUGAACGAAUUCACAGUGGAGAGAAACCCUAUAAAUGUAAACAAUGUGGGAAAGCUUUUCAUUUCCCCAGAAACCUUCAAAUGCAUGAAAUAACACACAGUGUAGAGAAACCCUAUGUGUGUAAGCAGUGUGGAAAAGGCUUUAGUUCUUCCAGCUCCUUUAAAAAACAUGAACGAAUUCACAGUGAAGAAAAACCCUAUAAAUGUAAGCAAUGUGAGAAAGCAUUUCAUUUCCCCAGAUCCCUUCAAAUACAUGAAAUAACACACAGUGUAGAGAAACCCUACAUAUGUAAGCAAUGUGGAAAAGGCUUUAGUUCUUCCGGCUCCAUUAAAAAACAUGAACAAAUUCACAGUAAGGAGAAACCCUAUUCAUGUAAACAAUGUGGGAAAGCAUUUCAUUUCCCCAGAUCCCUUCAAAGACAUGAAAUAACACACAGUGUAGAGAAACCCUAUGUGUGUAAGCAGUGUGGAAAAGGCUUUAGUUCUUCCAGCUCCAUUAGAAAACAUGAACGAAUUCACAAUGGAGACAAACCCUAUACAUGUAAAGAAUGUGGAAAAGCUUUCCUUCAUUCCUGUUUAGUCAGAAUACAUGAAAUAAGGCACACUGGAGAAAAGCCCUAUGUAUGCAAGCAAUGCGGCAAAGCCUACGGUGAACCAAGUUCCCUCAGCAAACAUAAAAGAAUUCACAGUGAAAUGAAAACAUGCAUGUGAGCAGUGUGUAAAAGCCUCCAGUCAUUCCUCCACCCUUAAAAUACGUGAAAGAAUGCACACUGGAAAUAAACCCUGUGUGUAAAGAAAGCAGAGAAGUCUUCACCCCAUUCAGUUACCUUUUCAAAUAUCAAAAAACACACUUGAGAGAAACUCCAUGAGUGUACCAAUGUGAGAAAGCCUUUACUGGUUACAGUUCCCUUUGAUACCAUGAAGAAAUUAGUACUGGGGAGGAACCUUAAUGAUGUCAGCAAUGUGGGAAAGCCUUACUGGAGAUUAACCAUGAAUACUGAAAAAUGGGAAGUCUUUAUUAUCACGUGAACUUGUUAGUUAACAAACAUGAGAAUGCAGAUGCAAGAACUUGUAUUGUUGUAAAGGAUGUGGGGACACUUGCCACAAUCUUGGCUCAGUAUAAAUGGGCACAGCAUGAAGUGGAACCUGCAGUGUGUGCGAUGAUGUCCCUUUGGUUCACUUUUAAGAAAUCAAAACCCUGUAAGUGUGAAAAAUUCUUAGAAGAGAGGUAUCAAUUGUAACAUAGUUUGAGGCCUAUGAAAAUUCCUCAAGUAGCAGACUCCUAUUCAUGCAAUUAAUAUGAAGAGUUUGGUACAAAAUAAUUUGUUAAGAUAAUCUGCAGAAAAUGUACUACAUGGAGGAGGUUUCCCAAAAUUUAUAUUGUGUUCACUAGUAAUUCAUUUUUAAAGUAGAUCUCUGCACUGUGGGUUUCUAAUCUGGAUUCUUGAAAAUAAAGGUUAAGGUGAAACACUUCUGCAAAUUUUGUUUAGGCUGUACUAUCUGAGUUUAAUAAGUAGUGUAUUUUUAAUCAAACCAGGUAGUAAGCUUUCUAACAUUUUGAGGCACGUUGGCUCCAAAGCACAUCGAUGUGUGUUUCUAAUAUGCCAUUAGGCUUAAUUUGUAUGUAGCUUUUAAAUAAUUGUGUGGCUAAUAAGCUGCUGAAUAAUGAAUUUUUGUUCAUUGUUGCAAAUUUUUUACUGGCCUCACAUGAUGGGUUAUGCCUACCCUUUUAUUUAUAUAUCUACGGAUAUAUGUAUAUGUAUACAUGUGUAUGUUUAUCAUGGGAAAAAUGACAUUUUUACAUGGAUUUUAUAUUUUUUACAGUUUGAUGGAAUAUUUUUUCUAUAGUAUUGCUUCAUCAUAAUUACACAUAAUAGUGAAAUUCAUUUUUAUAUAUUUGUACAUGCCUAUGAUAUAGCAAUAAAAGUAUAUUUUCUUCAAACCAGAUUUCUAU